UAGGCGCAGCGGUCGCUCGAAGCGGUAGUUAGGCUCCGUGGUAGACGGAAAAAAAAAGAAGGGUCGACAAGUCAGUACAGUGAAGCGACUCUAGUCGCGUAAAUGUGCUCUUGUGGUUUCGAACCAGCCGUCUAACAUUUCUGUCUCGCUUGCCUUAUGCAUACAUGUAGAGAGCGCUAUAAAUCCGUUACAGGCGUGUAACUAUAAUCAUACUGGGUGUUUAGCAUAGAGCGGCGUAACUUGCUAAUAACAUCCCAUAUCCAGUGCUGACAAGAUCUUCUAUAGACGAGUAACACGUAUAGUAUAUAAGUGGUUAUUUGGUGUACUGACUUUAGUUUUGUAUGUGUGCGUGCGUGGAUGUGCUGCUCUCACAAAUAAUUACUCUCGUUGUUCGUUUGAUCUGUGAUAUUAUCUCAUCAAAUUCAAGUAGACAAACACCUGAUCUCAAUCGAGUCGUGAUGAUGUAGAAACAAAAAGCCACUAGAAUACUACUGGUGCGUUCGCCUUACGUUCGAUUGCCAUCAAUCGAACACGACACCUCACGAUGAGUUCUGCGAUAUUUAUCUGGAAAUCAUCUGGUCCCCGCCAGAGUACAGUUCGGAAUGUUUUUUCCUGUUUACUACUUACGUCUCUAGCUUAUGCGGUACUUGGCAAGUUAAAUCAAAAACCACUCACAGUAUCGCUGGAUGCUCGUUGGAACCACACACCUCUCCACCUGGAAGCCGCAGAAUUUUUUGCAGAAGAUGGUGCAGAUUCAUUUUGGAAAUUUGUUACCGAUCUGCAGACUCUUGACCUGGAAAGCUUUAUCAAAGCUUCCGAAAAACUUCAGUACGAGUCCAUAGUGGAGUUGGCUUCCCGACAACUUAGCGAGGGUAGACUUGCACUAUUUAAGUUGUCGCUCGCCUUAAGAGCGCAUUCACCGGCUGUCGAAACCUUCCAACAGAUUGCGCGUGACAAGAAGCUUCCUGACUGUGAAUUUGUGCUCGAGUUUCCCGGUAACGAGUUCACAUGUUCUCUUGAUGAAAUUGAUCGAUUCAUCGAUAAAAAAAUCGAGGGAAAAGUUGAUAUUUACGGUGUUGACCAUGAAUUUGGGGCUUUAUCGAAUGGUAUGCCAGUUGUCCUUUACGGUGAUAUGGUAUCAACUGGCUUUCAGAAAUAUCAUAACGCCCUAUUGAAGCGGUAUAGUCAACGAAAAAUUCGAUAUAUUCUUCGUCACUAUGUCCAUAAACCAGUUCGGCGACAAGUUCGCCUCAGCGGCUACGGGGUGGAAAUGGCUCUCAAAUCAAUGGAGUACAAAUCCCAGGACGACACAAACUAUAAAGAGAAGGAGGUGGCAGAGGACGAAACUGUCGAGACUUCGGAGGGCCAUAACGACGAUAGGGACAUUAUCCAUAUAAUGGACGCGGAACUGACAAACCUAAAAGAGAGCGAAGUGGAAGAAUUGAGUCUUCAGCUCGCUGCAAAAAUUCUCAAGGUUCCGCCCGAGCGACAGCUAAAAAUGUUUCGAGACCUCGCACACAACUUCCCCUCAAUUGCACGUUCUUUGACGAGCCAGAAGAUAGACCCAGAUCUGAAGAGCGCUGUUGAACGUAACAAGAAGUAUUUUCAGGCCUACCUCAAUCUCGAAACUACCGAUACGGCUCUAUUUAUCAAUGGAUUGUAUUAUGACUUAGAGGUGAGCGAUAUGUUUGUUCUAUUGGAUUCAAUUAAACAAGAAACGCAUCUAUUAGAGGAUUUAAGGGAUGUUGGAGUCGAAACAGAGGCGAUCCCGAAACUUAUGAAGCUUGAUUUGAAUAUCAAGAACUCCGUGUACGGCGUAGACAUUCGAGAUUCCGCAGUACAGUAUAUCAAUGACAUUGAACUGGACUCAGAUUAUAGGAACUGGCCAAGAAGCCUACAAGAAAUGCUCCGACCCACUUAUCCAGGAAUGCUUAGGUCUGUGAGACGUAAUAUAUUUCACUUAGUGAUUGUGGCCGAUCCGGCUGCGCCAGAGUGCAGGGACAUGUUCAAAUUUGCUGAGAGUUUCUACAUUCACAGGGCCCCUCUGCGGAUCGGUUUUGUCUUUGCCGUGAACCCAUCUAAAGAUGCAACUGGAAUUUCUAAUGGUGGCGUAGCGCUCUUGAAUGCUUUUAAUUUUAUCUCUCAAGAGAAAAAACCGUUCGAUGGACUCGCCUUUAUCACAGAGGUGUAUGCUAGUCAAAAUGAAGGUUACAUCGAAGCUGAAAGGGUGAUAUCAAUGUUUAAAUUAAAGUUUCCCUCUGAAGACAUCGAAAUGGUGUUCGGUGCCGACAGCGACUAUGACACUGGACGAAUGCUCGCGUGGGAUUUUAUCAACCGGGCAGGCGUCGGCACGCCUCCACUGGCUAUGCUUAAUGGCAUCUCACUGAAAAAGGAGAAUCUCAAGGGCGACAUGUUCGAGGAAGCUGUUUUGACGGAAAUUAUGAAGCAAACUCCGAAAAUACAACGAGCGAUUUACAAAGGGGAACUGACUGAUCGCGAUUUUGUCAUCGACUACCUUAUGACUCGUGAUAACAUAAUGCCUCGCUUGAAUGAACGCGUUCUCAACCCGCCCAGCAGAGAAGACACCGUGUUUGUUGACUUUACCGGCAGAACUGUCACCGAUAUCAAUGCUGAUAUGAUGGAAAACCUCUCAGCAGCUGAUCUGGGCGCCAGUUUUGCUCAGACUUUGCAGCAUCUGGGUAAAGGUACUGCGUCAGUGCCUUUAACGAUGUGGAUUGUCGCUGACUUUGACACUAGUUCUGGGCGGAAUUUACUAGGUCACGCCCUAGAACAUCUUGGAAACAGUGACCACACACGGCUUGGAUUUAUCUAUAACAACAAGAAAGCUGCGACCGCCGGUGAACUAACAACUUUUGUUGAGUCCGCUUUGCGAUCGCUAAGUUUCAUGGAAACACGACAGUUCUUGACCAGGCUAGUUCGAAACUGGGAUAAAAUUGGAUCAGGAAAAGUCAAGGCGACUGAUUUGCUACCCUCAGGAACCAACUUCAAGUUACUUCCGGACGAUGAACUAUCGACGAUUGUGGCUCUUCAUCAAGCUUUCGCUCGCACUCUCAAGCUAAAGCCCUCUUUACGUGCAGUUAUUGUUAACGGAAGACUGUUAGGCCCAUUAACGGAGAGCGAGGACUUCACUGCAGAGGAUUUCAAUCUUCUUGAACGACUCAGCAUGGCCAUCUACGGCGUCAAGCUUAUGGAGCUAUUGGAUGGUGUCAGUAGCAAUGUGAUGAUGAAGGCAAGCUCUGUUCUACAGAGAUUUGCCCAGAGAAAGGUUCGACAUGAGGUUAAGUUUGCCACUGAGCAGUAUGGCGUAAUCAACGUUUCACGUAAGGAUAAGGACUCGGCUGCUCAUGACAUUACGGUCAUAGUAGAUCCCGCAUCUCGAGGCGCGCAGAAGGUUUCCCAGAUACUACUUUUGCUGCAGCAAGUGGUGAACGCAGAUAUUCGUGUCUUCUUUAGCUGUAGCUAUGGAAAUAAAGAGCUUCCACUAAAGACCUAUUACAGAUUCGUGGCAUCGAGCGAGCCCCAGUUUGGUCCCAGUGGAGAGCUUUCAGGACCACGCGCAGUAUUCGUCGGACUUCCAUCGAAACCCAUAUUAACCCUUGCCAUGGCCACUCCAGAAAAUUGGCUUAUUGGCGCAGUUAGUUCAAUUUACGAUUUGGAUAAUAUUCGAAUGGCCGAUGUUGAAAGUCGUGUGGUAGCCGAAUUCGAAUUGGAGCAUCUCCUGGUUGAAGGUCACUGCUUUGAACAAAGCUCAGGAUCGCCUCCACGCGGCCUCGAAUUCACUCUUGGGUCUCCCGCGAACCCUGUUAUGUAUGAUACGAUCGUCAUGGCUAACCUGGGCUACUUCCAACUUAAAGCCAAUCCGGGAACGUGGUUUCUUCGCAUUCGUGAUGGCAGAAGCAGCGAGCUGUACGAUGUCGCUUCAACAGAAAACACCGAAAAGAGUGGCGACGAUAUUGCCGUUCUUGUUACAAACUUUCGUUCAAAGGUCCUGAAGGUUCGUGUUGCAAAACGCCCUGGCAAAGAGCAUGAAGAACUUCUUGUGGAUGAUGAUUCGCAAGAUGACGGAAUCUGGAAUUCAAUUACAAGCAUCCCGGUGAUCGGUGGAAUCGUUGAGGAAUGGCGACAUAACUGGAACGUGAUCAAAGAUUGGUGGACAGCUCAGAGUUCGUUGGGAGGCGGCAAAACUGGCGAAGGUGCCGAUAAGGAGAAAGAUGCAGAGGAUGAUGUUAUCAACAUAUUUUCCGUAGCUACAGGUCACCUCUACGAGCGUCUAUUGAGAAUUAUGAUGCUGUCAGUAUUGAAGAAUACGAAUAGUAAAGUCAAGUUUUGGUUCCUCAAAAACUACCUUUCGCCUUCAAUGAAAGAUGUUCUACCGUAUUACGCCCGUCGUUACGGAUUCGAGUACCAGCUUGUUGAAUACAAAUGGCCCCGGUGGCUUAACCAACAAACUGAGAAGCAGAGGAUCAUUUGGGGCUACAAGAUUUUGUUCCUGGAUGUAUUGUUCCCACUUAGUGUGAAGAAAAUUAUCUUUGUGGAUGCCGAUCAAAUUGUCCGUACUGAUAUGAAGGAACUCCGCGAUCUUGAUCUCGGUGGAGCACCGUACGGGUACACACCGUUCUGUGACAGCCGAGAAGAUAUGGAAGGCUUCCGUUUCUGGAAGCGAGGGUACUGGUCACAACAUCUUGGAAAUCGGAAAUACCAUAUCAGCGCGCUUUAUGUCGUGGAUCUGAAGAAGUUCCGUAGGAUCGCUGCUGGUGACCGUCUGCGAGGUCAGUAUCAGGGUCUCUCGCAGGAUCCUAACUCGCUAUCGAAUCUUGAUCAAGAUCUACCAAACAACAUGAUACACCAGGUGGCAAUAAAAUCACUACCACAGGAGUGGCUUUGGUGUGAGACGUGGUGCUCCGAUGAAUCCAAACCACACGCUAAGACUAUCGAUUUGUGCAACAACCCUAAAACGAAAGAGCCAAAGCUUGCGGCUGCAGCUCGGAUCGUACCAGAAUGGACCUCGUACGACGAGGAACUUAAGAAAAUGAUUGAAGAAUAUGAAAAGGAGAAAGGAAGUGGCUAUAAAGAAAGUACUACACAGGACAGCGGUGAGGCGACGCUUGUGUACGAUGGCCGACAACAACAACAGCAACAACCGGCCAAUUUGAAUGGAAAGCCAGAUUUGAUUGAUUCACAACAGCACACAGAGCUCUGAUCUAGGGGCCAUAACACAGGAAGAGGAAGCAUAAAUUUUAAUGUAAAAAAAGGAGAAUGUCAACCAAGGUAAUUAGAGGUUUUUGCUUUUAAGUGACGUACCGCUAUUCUCCAAUUUUGUAGGGAAUUGCAGAAGAUCAUAACAUCGUUACUGUUUACUAUGCAUCUAAUUACCUUUUCAAAUUAUUGAUUUUUGUUUUACUGUUGUUUUUGCUAUGGCGAUUCUAAAAAGGAAUCUCUAGUAGCAACAAAAUAAGCAGCGUUUGAUCUUGACGAAAUGAUGUGGAUGAUGUUACAGAAGGAUAUAGAAGCAUCAUGUUUUAAACAGAAUGAAGCGUAUACCGUUAGUUAGCUUGAUUCCAUACGAACAUGAUGAAGCUGUAUGUGAAACGCGGAUAAUACAGUAUGUUCGCUAGCAAAGACGGAUGGCAUUGAGGUGACAAUAAAUCAAUGUAGACAAAUUAUGUCGGUAAAACGGUUUUCACAUUAGCUUGGUAAGUUCGUUCGUGUAAUGGUGGUAUUUUGUAGACUGAAAAAUGAAAUGCAUAGUUUGAGUAAUUGCUGAAAGUGCUUUGACAGGUUGAAACGUUUUCAAAAAUAGGCAUUAAGCUAGUUCGAUUUAGUGUUAAGAAAACAAAAUAUUUUUUCCAGCAAACGAUGCUGUCGUGUUCCAGAGUGAAAUGGCUAAAUUUUUUUUCAUACAACCUUUAAAUUUCAUCUGUUCUAAUUUUCAAAUAUGUGAUUUUCGUAUACAUACGCUCAGAUUGCUUAAAAAAUCUUUUUUAUUGCUGCACGCGAUGGUGCUCAACAGUAAGAAACGUAGUUUGGAAUAAUACGCCAUUACGAUAUGGAGAACUGGGACAGGCAGUAAAAUUUUUAGAAAAAAAAUAGUUUUGCUGAUUAUAUUCAACCAUAUUCAUGGAUUUCAUACUAUCUACGUGGAUAUGAUAAGAGUCUGAGCGGCGUAUGUAUACAAUGCUUUUUACUGUAAAUAUAGAAAUAAAUAGACUAUUAGUUUUCAGAUAAACAAAACAUAGUUACUUCAAAAUACGCGCUAAAGAACACGCUAAGAACUGAAAAGAAUUCAUAUAAUAACUAUUACAAUAUUAUUGUUUAUAUUGUUUAGGUAGGAAAGAUAAUAAGGUACGUUAUAUAUGUACUUUAUUAUACAAGAAUGAAAAAGAUAUGACAUGCUGAAUGUUGGCGGACUAUAACAGCAGGCGUGAUAAUCGUGGAAGUAUAAAAGCGGAGUAAUAAAUAAAAGGAGGCCA